UCAACCCCUUUGUAGCCAAGACAAGGGAAUUCGCCAAUUAUAUCAUCUCUACCUGAUUACUUCGAUAGAGAUCUGGGAAUUUCGUGCUCUUUCUACUACACGUCUGUGGUUAUGAUCUGAGAAUACCCUGUACCACCCGUACACCAUACACCGUUGACCCAUAACAUUGAACAUAUACAUACCGUAUUAGUACCUUCUCCCUAAGGCAUCUAAGGUAUCCAGUGACGAAUACAUACCUACCUACAUAAUACUAGCUGCCCUAGCUGCCCUGGACAUUACGAGUGAUCGCUCCUUCACUGUGGAAACGCGGGUGGAUCAGGUGCAUGGGGUGCUUAAGUGCUUUUUUUUUGAGUGAUAAGAUACGUGCAUUUUAAGUCCAUCAUUCGUUCGUUCAACUUAACAUACAUCCAUUUCCGGCGAGUCUCGACACUAUAGUCACCACAACAAUUUCGUUUGGCGACUUUCAGAAAUCAUAGCCUCGCGAUGAUGGGUGAAUCUGCUUCCCUAUCCCAGUGGCUGGGUGGCCACUAUGUUAUUGUUCUGAAAGAGCCAUUCGGCCAACGAAUCCAAGGAAUCUUGCAAGGUCUUGUCCCAGAGCAGCACCUAACCCUAGACCAAGCCCUGCUGCUAGAUACAAACCAGUUCCUCGGACAAGUUGACAUUCGUGCAGACAAUGUCACUGAUAUCAUGCCAGUCCCUGGCCCUGCUGUCAAGCCUGCAGAAUCAUCAUCACGUUUGACGACAGGACGUCCGAUGCCUAUGGCAGCGUUCCAAGAUCCAGCUAUCUUGAGUCUCACUCCUAAGUCGACUCCCAAGUCUGACGGCAAUUCUGGCCCAGGCCCACGCUAUCAUCAUGCGCAACCUAACACGGCAGAGAAACGAGACCCUGUCAUACUCAAUCCCGCUGAUCGAUUGACAUACUCUUCUCCUGAUGAGACUACUGACUCUGCCGUACCCGGCGGUCUUGACGCGCAUGUGGCGCAAUUGAAAUUAUCGCCCAUCAACUCAUCUAAGCUCGCCUUCGCUACAAGUGACCAAGAGAAUCUCGAAUCUCUCCCUUCCGCGACUCUCGACCCGGGUGCUCCAGGCCCAAGGAAGGAAAAUGGCAAGAGUGCUCGAGGUCGUGGACGACGACGCAACAAGGUGGGUAUCAGCAAUGGUUCCCCAGCACCCACUGGCGGCAACAAAGGCGCAGGAUGGAGGCAGACCCCCAUGUUGCAAUCCAGCGCAUCUUUCCAGCCUUUUGCAUCGCUCAAGAAAAGCCAGAAGAGGCGAGUUGACGCGAAUGUCGCUAAUGUUUGGGCCUCGGAAGACGUUACGGACGUCCAAGAAGCCGGUGACUUCGAUUUUGAGGGUAGCCUUGCAAAGUUUGACAAGCGCAAAAUCUUUGAUGAGAUGAAAGAGCAAGAUCAGAUUGACGAAGCAGAACGUUUGGUGUCUCACAACCGUCUCCCUCGACCAAAGCCUGGAACGGCUGGCGGCAAGAACCUCCACUACACCGAGAACGUUUUGGACUUGCCACAAGCUGCCUCAAGAUCUAAGGUGGGUUCUGGUGACUACUGGAAAAGCGAGGCGGACGAUGAAAUCAUCAAUGGGGAUGACCGUACAAGUGUCAUUGAAGGCAGCGGCCGCACUUCUCGGCUUCGUGGAGAAUCCCGCGUGUCCAUGAGUCGACGUUCACAAUCGCGCAAAGCUAGUACCACCGCGAGCGUCAGUGGAUCUAGCCGAGUCAACUCUGCACCUGUUCCUUCUUCGAGCGGCCUAUAUGCCGUGCCUUCCAACCGCCGAAUCGAGUCUAUUCCUCAUCUACAGAUGCAGGCGGUUGAAAAUGUGGCGCACCACGAAUUCGGGUUCACUGAGGACCUCAUGGCAGAAAAUGCCGGUCGUGGCAUUACGGAGGUGGCAAUGCAUGCGCUCGAUGACCCCGCAGUCAAGCUUCUAGCUGCUACAGCAUCGCCGCCUAACACUACUACGAUUGUCGUCCUAGCGGGCAAUAGCAAGUCGGGAGUUCGUGCCCUAGCAGCGGCCCGUCAUCUUCGAAACCGCGGUAUUAAUGUUCUAGUCUGCGUGGUCGGCAUCGAGCGCGAACGAGAGCUAUUUGAGGACGUCAAAAAACAGGUUCGACUAUUUCGCACCUUUGGAGGCGUCAUCUUCACCAAAUCAGAGCUUUUCGCCCAUGUCAGUCCCGCAGCCAAGACCUUCAAUGCCUCUCAGGGCUCCAUAACCUUGAUCAUCGAUGCGCUUUUAGGGCUUACGAUGUCUUUCGAAGAACUUCGUAAGUCUGACCAAGCUACAACAUAUGAGUUGAUGGAGUGGGCAAAUCGAAACGAGGCAUUUGUUAUGGCGAUCGACAUCCCAAGCGGCGUCGAGCCUCAGACCGGUAGAGUCAUGGUGAUUGACGGAGCUAAGCUCUACGUACACCCGCGCUACGUGGUCGCCUUAGGUGCGCCAAAAGUGGGUUUGUUGAAGGCGCUUGAAAUGGGCGACGAUCAAGGAGAUAUCGUGAUGGUGGAGGAGUGGAAGUUGUUCCUGGCAGACAUUGGUCUCAGUCCUCUGGUCUGGCGCAAGGUGGCUACCAAGGUUCGUCGAGGUAUCGAAUUCGACAGCAAGUGGGUGCUCGAGCUUCGCUACAAGCCCCAUGGAGAGGAGGAGGACUAAAACACCCAUGGAGGUAACUCCUGUUCUGGUCAAUGGGACAAUAACACACCCACAGCAUUUU